AUGAUGCCUCUCAGACCGUCCAAAAGCGCUCUGCGCGCUCUGCACCUCCAGAGGCAGCUCACCUCUGCUCGUCGACCAUUCUCGACUUCCUUCGUGGCUUCGGCUGCUUCGCCCCACCGCUCUUCUCCUCAGAAGCGUACCCAGAGCACUGCUGCUGCUUCUUCUGAUACCAGACCCGUCCCUAGCCCGGCGUUCAACCAGGAGCCUCACCGCAAUGAGAUCUCUCCUCUGCAAAACCGCCAGCUCCCCGAGCUCGAUGACUCGAUGGUGGGCAUGAGCGGUGGUGAAAUCUUCCACGAGAUGAUGCUGCGUCUCAAUGUGAAGCAAGUCUUCGGUUACCCGGGUGGUGCCAUUCUUCCCGUCUUCGAUGCCAUCUACAACUCAAAGCACUUCGACUUCGUUCUCCCCAAGCAUGAACAAGGUGCUGGUCACAUGGCCCAGGGUUAUGCCCGUGCUUCUGGUUUGCCCGGUGUUGUUCUGGUCACAUCCGGUCCUGGCGCUACCAACGUUAUCACCCCCAUGCAGGAUGCUCUCUCUGACGGUACCCCCAUGGUUGUUUUCUGUGGUCAGGUCCCUACCAGCGCUAUUGGUACGGAUUCCUUCCAGGAGGCCGAUGUCAUCGGUAUCUCCCGUGCCUGCACCAAGUGGAACGUGAUGGUCAAGUCCGUUGGUGAGCUGCCUCGCCGAAUUCAGGAGGCCUUCGAAAUCGCUACCAGCGGUCGCCCCGGUCCCGUUCUCGUCGACCUGCCCAAGGAUGUCACCGCCGGCAUUCUCCGCAACCCCAUCCCCAUGCACAGCACCAUUCCCUCCCUCCCCAGUGCUGCCUCCAUGGCCGCUCGCGAGAUGAGUCAGAAGUCCCUCCAGCAAACUAUUGGCCGUGUUGCCCGUCUGGUGAACAUGGCCGAGAAGCCCGUUCUCUACGUCGGUCAGGGUCUGCUUGCCCGCCCUGAUGGUCCUGAGAUCCUGAAGGAGUUCGCCGACAAGUGUCAGAUUCCCGUUACCACCACUCUCCAGGGUCUCGGUGGCUUCGACGAGUUGGACCCUAAGGCGCUCCACAUGCUCGGUAUGCACGGUUCUGCCUACGCCAACAUGGCCAUGCAGGAGGCCGAUCUGAUCAUCGCCGUUGGUGCUCGUUUCGAUGACCGUGUCACUCUGAGCAUUCCCAAGUUUGCUCCCCAGGCCAAGGCCGCCGCUGCCGAGGGCCGUGGUGGUAUUGUGCAUUUCGAGAUCAUGCCCAAGAACAUCAACAAGGUCGUUCAGGCCACCGAGGCCGUUGAGGGUGAUUGCGCCGACAACCUCCGCCUCCUCAUGCCUCAUGUUAAGGCCGUGCCUGAGCGUAAGGAGUGGUUCGAGCAGAUCAAUGACUGGAAGUCCCGCUUCCCGCUCUCCCUCUAUGAACGUCAGGCCGAGGACGGUCCUAUCAAGCCCCAGGCUGUCAUUGAGAAGCUCAGUGACCUCACUGCGCACAUGAAGGACAAGACCAUCAUUACAACUGGUGUCGGACAGCACCAGAUGUGGGCUGCCCAGCACUUCCGCUGGCGCCACCCCCGUACCAUGAUCACUUCCGGUGGUCUUGGUACCAUGGGUUACGGUCUGCCUUCCGCCAUCGGUGCCAAGGUGGCUCGCCCCGACUGUCUGGUUAUUGACAUUGACGGUGACGCUUCCUUCAACAUGACUCUGACCGAGCUUUCCACUGCUGCCCAGUUCGGCAUUGGUGUCAAGGUUCUUCUGCUUAACAACGAGGAGCAGGGUAUGGUCACACAAUGGCAAAACCUGUUUUACGAGGACCGUUACUCCCACACUCAUCAGCAGAACCCCGACUUCGUUCCUCUGGCCCGCGCCAUGCGCGUUGCCGCUGAGCGUGUUUCCCGUGCCUCUGAGGUCGAGGCCAAACUGAAGUGGCUCAUUGAGCAGGAAGGCCCCGCUCUUCUGGAGGUCAUCACCGACCGCAAGGUCCCUGUCCUGCCCAUGGUUCCCUCUGGUCGUGGUCUCCACGAGUUCCUGGUCUACGAUGAAGCCAAGGAGAAGGAGCGCAAGGAUCUGAUGCGGAAGCGGAAUGUCGACUUCGCUGUCAACCACCGCGACUAA